CUAAUUGUCAGUGUCUCAAAUUUGUUUCUAUUUUGUGUUUGUGACAAUAGAUAAAUAGAAAAAUAAAAUUAACGUUUCUUAAUUUGUGUCGUGCCAUUUAUUCAAAAUGAAGAAUUUCCCCGUGUUCGUAUUUCCCGUCUCUCUGGAAUUUUAUUUAAACGCAAGGCACACGCAUAAGCAGUUAUUGACAGUGUAUAAUCCUUAUGAUUUUUCUGUAAAUUUUAAAGUGUUAUGCACUUCCCCAAACAAGUUCACAGUGAUAGACCCGGAAGGAGUUAUUGCUCCACAAAGUUGCAUUGAUAUUGUGGUGCGAUACACACAACCAUCUGUUACACAUCGUGACACAGUAGAGAAAUUUAGGAUAACAAUGUAUGACAGGAAUACUCAGCAGGCUCUCGGCAAACGAGACAUUCCUACAAAACUAAUAGAAGGGGAACCAUCAAAUGCAAAUACUGAAAGUUUAAGUGAUAGUUUCCACCCACUAGCAGUUAAAGCAGCUCCCAUGAGACCAGUGGAAGAACAGCUAAGGGUAGCUUGUCAUCACCCAUCACAUCACAGGGAGCAACAACCAGUAAAUGUGGUAGCGGUGGCAGUAAGUAUAUGCUGUAUAGCAGCGCUGCUGUUGCCUACACAGCCUGAGCAGAUAACUAAGUCUCAAUGGCCUGAGUGGCUUCACAUCGGUGCUAACCUCAAACUUGUCUUCUCCUUUGUACUUGGACUAGUAAGCAUGCUUGUACUGAGGCCUUAGGAGCGAAGAUAACAAUAAUAUCAAGUUGUAAAUAAAAUAUCCUUAGAUAUAUGGGUCUGUCCAGACAACAUGGACUAUGGUAAUAGGUUUGGGGAGGUAAAUGUAUUUGUUAAAAUAUAAUAUUGGGACAUAGUUUUUAUAUUAAGGAUCUUGAUACUUUGACCAAAAGACAGAAUGUUAUUACGUAACAUGCAAGCAAUUCCAAAAAUGAGUGUGUAUUAUGGCGGGGCAUCAUACAUGGUCAUGUCUGAUGUCAUUAUGCAAUGAUGUGAAUGAAAACAGGGGUUGAGAAAAAAAGUAAUUAUCUUUUUGGUAAAUUGAAACUAUUCAUUUUCUUGUUUACGUUGAUUGAGUAAUUUAUGAUCAAUUAAAUAAAACCAUUUUCAAGAAAAGAAAACAUCUAUGUGUGAUGUUAAUGUUACUUGGAUUUAGUGAUGUACAUUUUAGAUGUUGCCGUAUCGAUAAAACUAAAUGUGCUAAAUGAUGUCAAAAAUUGCUAAAAACUAUCCCGUUCAAUAUAUACAAAUUUGGUGAAAGAUGGUUAAUUAGGCAACAGAACUAAUUAGUCAAAUACAUUGGUCGUUUUUGUUUUCGUCAUACUUUUAUGAUGUAAUCAAAUUAUCUUAAGAAUUAUAAUCACAUCAGUUAUUUUCAGACUUUUAUAUUUAGAUUAACAGUUAGUUAUUCCAGUAAUGUUGUUGGAUCCAGUAAUUAAAGGUAUUGCCUUUAACUCUAUACACAUGCGACUAUUUGAUUUUAAGAUUGAAUCAUGGAUUGUUACGAUUAUUACUCUGUGUAUGGGCAUCGUAAUACGAACUCUAAAAUGACGUAUUAUUAUAAAUUUAGGGUGUUGUAAUGGCUCCGCCGUUAAAUAAAUAGGAACAUUUGUCAGUCAUUUUUAUGUGUUCAGAAAUUGCAAUGUAUAAAACAUACUUUUGCAAAUGAUAGGAUUUAGAUAUUCAUAUCAAAUUAUUUUUCCCCACUAUUUUUAGUAGUCAUUCUAAAUUCUCAAUGAUAGGUUUAUGUAAUUGUAAAUAAAUAAUUACACCAAGAACUGAAUAUUUUGUGCAGUUAUUUACAGCUAAUAUUUUGGAAUUCUUCACAGAAACGUUAGUUUCUAGAAUUUUCUAGAUACUUAUUCAGAUUUCUAUUAUUACAGUAAAAAUUUUAGUGCCACCAAGAAUAUUGAUUUUAAAAAUAAAUAAGAUAUUGUAUCAUUAUUAUUUUAUCUUCUGUGAUUUUAGAUACGAUAGAUACUACUUGGGUGUAGGUAGUUUGUUAAUAGUAGUGGUUAUUUGUUUUAAUUAAAAUUUAGAAAUUAGAUAUUCAGAAAUAUUUAUUAUUCUAAUUUGGGUAGAAAAAUGGCCGCUUAAGGGAAUCAUUAUAAGGUCGAAGUUUGACAACCUCUGAAUUACAUAUGUGUCAAUGUAAAUAGUAAUUUUCGAUGUUUAAAUAAUUUGAAAAGUGCUCUGAUGGCGAAUUAAAACGUUAAUUAUUUAAUAAAGUUAUUAUUAUUAAAUGCCCCCAGAGGACCAUUUUAAGUGUCAUUUUAUAAAUAUGUAUGUACUAUGGACAGUUUUUAUCAGGGUAGCUCUAAAUAUUUUCAGUUCCUUUCUUUUUAAUGUAUUUUGUACAGUUGUAUUAUAUACUUAUGUUGUGUAGUAAAUAUGGAGUGACGAUCAGCUUUUAUUUUUUAUAAUGUAAAAUAAUUUAUUUACGUCUGGCAUUUAAUACACAUUUUUUAUACCUAUUUGUAUUUAAAGUCGAGCUCUCUACAUAUGUAUAUCAAUAGUAGCAUUUCGGAUUUGGUAGUUUUUUUUUAAGCAAAAUGUUCUUUGUAUUGAAAAGUUGGUUCAGUCUAUUUUAAUGAAUCGAUUAAAGUGACCGUAGUGGUGAAAAUACCAUGAUGAUUAGUGUAACAGUUUAACAUCUUUCUCAACUUUCAAUGGUUGCAGACUUGAUCCUUCCUCAGUACAAACAACUGUAUUUAUGAGUAUAUCUGUAUUUGUCUGAGUGUAUCCAUUGUAAAUAUGUAUACAAAAAUGUACGUUUUUAUUAUUAAUCUAGUACUCAUAGUUUGUAUUCUGAGUUUGUAUUCUGCUUAGUUUGGAACCAGGCAGCGCUAUGUAAAAGCCGAUAUAUCCGGCGGUGUUUGCUAUUACAGUGAACGUUUUAUAUAAGCAAUCUUUCUGUAAGCAUACAUACAUACAUAUCUGUCACGCCUGUCUCCCAUUAGGAUAGGCAGAAACAAUGGAACGUCAAAUGCUUCGAUUCAAACAAACGUCUUUCGUUUCUUCCACAUUCAUCAAUCUUUUCAUACACGCUCGCCGGUUACGGGUACUUUUAAUUUGGCCCUUCAGCACGUCGCCUAUUUGGUCGACAUACGUCCGUCUAGGGCGGCCCCUACCGACAUCUCCAUUCAUUCUUGUUCGAUAAAUCUCUUUCGUAAUUCUUCAUUUCAUCCAACCUCUCCAAAUCGCCAAACCAAUGCAACAUUUCUUUUUCGAUUUUUGUCACUACAUCGUCUUUCAGUCCACACUUCUCUCUAAUCAUUACUAAAACUCUCUAUAAGCAAGCAACAUUCUCCAUAUUUAUUCUACACAGCUUAGAAAUAAGUAAAAAUCUUUUCCAGACGGUAAGUAUUUUUAUACUCCUUUUUUCCCUGUAAGCAAUUUUUCCCAAUAAUUUCAAUAAAACAAAUUUCACUAAAUUAAAAAGAUUUUUUUUUUAUUGAAAUUGGUUCAAAUGAGUUGCUUAUAUAGAGUUUUCAUUGUAUAAGAGAAAGAGUAACUCGUUGAUUGAAUAUACAUACCAAUCACUUAUAUCAAAGUUACUUUAUCAUAAAUACAAGCAAAUAAUACUCAAUGUUGGCUAGGAUGUUAAAAAAAAAAAAAUUGUGACUACACAACACAGUAACUAAAAUUCUACUUAAUUACUAACUUUUGAUUUAUUUGAAUGAGGACAUAUAUUGGAUUCUGAUUGUGAAUCUUACUUAAUUUAUGCUUUAAGUAUAUAUGUUUAAACAUAUUUUUCACUAAAUAUUUUUAAACAAAAAGAAUUAAAAGCAUUUAUUUUGUUAAUUGAAAUAGCAGCCAUUGUAUUUAUUUUAUGGAAUAGAACUACUUAAAAAAGCUAUCUACUAAUUAAAUAUUUGGUAUUUUAUUAUGGUGUUUAUUUAAAAUAUGAAGUAAUAUAAAGAGCAUAUGCAAUUUAAAUAUCAUCAUAUAUGAACCAUGUUUAUCAUAGCGUUUAUAAUUCGAAACAUGCUGAACAAUUCUUUUAUUUAAAUAUUUUAAUAAUUAUUGUAUUUUAUUCAAUUAUUCUCGUGUAUUUGUUAAUCUACAAUAUUAGUAGAGCGCUAUAAAUGGAUUGUUAAGGACUUUUUAAAUAGACUAUAAAGAACAUUUUUCUUUGAAAGUGUUUGUUCUGGAAGAUAUA